CAUUUCUGCCACCAGCUCUGGUGUCCUGACUGGCCACAGUGGAGAGAAGAUGGAAGACUCUUACAAGGAUAGGACUUCACUGGUGAAGGGUGCCAAGGACAUCGCCAGAGAGGUGAAGAAGCAAACAGUGAAGAAGGUGAACCGAGCAGUGGAUCGGGCCCAGGACGAAUACACCCAGAGGUCCUACAGUAGGUUCCAGGAUGAGGAGGAGGACGACGACUAUUACCCCCCUGGAGAGACCUACGGUGGGGACGCCCACGACGAUGAAGGCUCCAGCGAAGCCACCGAGGGCCAUGACGAGGAGGAUGAGAUCUACGAAGGGGAGUACCAGGGGAUCCCCAGCACCAACCAAGGGAAAGACAGCCUGGUCUCGGUCGUGCAGCCCAAGCUCGAGGGGUACAAGGACGGCGGGCAGCUGGAGUCCCAGCGGAGAGCCGAGGAGGAAGAGCUGGCCCAGCAGUACGAGCAGAUCAUGCAGGAGUGUGGCCACGGCCGCUUCCAGUGGGCCCUGUUCUUCGUCCUGGGCCUGGCGCUCAUGGCGGAUGGCGUGGAGGUGUUCGUCGUGGGCUUCGUGUUACCCAGCGCCGAGACAGACCUGUGCAUCCCCAACUCGGGCUCCGGAUGGCUGGGCAGCAUAGUGUACCUCGGGAUGAUGGUGGGGGCAUUCUUCUGGGGAGGACUGGCAGACAAAGUGGGAAGGAAACAGUCUCUUCUGAUUUGCAUGUCUGUCAACGGAUUCUUUGCCUUCCUUUCUUCGUUUGUCCAAGGUUAUGGCUUCUUUCUCUUCUGUCGCUUGCUUUCUGGAUUCGGGAUCGGAGGAGCCAUUCCUACAGUCUUCUCCUACUUUGCUGAGGUGCUGGCCCGGGAGAAGCGGGGUGAGCAUCUCAGCUGGCUCUGCAUGUUUUGGAUGAUUGGUGGCAUCUACGCUUCCGCCAUGGCCUGGGCCAUCAUCCCACACUAUGGGUGGAGCUUCAGCAUGGGCUCAGCGUACCAGUUCCACAGCUGGCGUGUCUUCGUCAUCGUGUGCGCACUCCCCAGCGUCUGCUCCGUGGUGGCCCUCACGUUCAUGCCGGAGAGCCCUCGGUUCUUGCUGGAGGUUGGAAAACACGAUGAAGCCUGGAUGAUCCUGAAGCUGAUUCAUGACACCAACAUGAGAGCCCGCGGGCAGCCUGAGAAAGUCUUCACGGUGAACAAAAUCAAAACCCCUAAGCAAAUAGACGAGCUGAUUGAAAUUGAGAGUGACACUGGAACGUGGUACAGGAGGUGUUUUGUUCGGAUCCGCACGGAGCUGUACGGAAUCUGGUUGACUUUUAUGAGAUGUUUCAACUAUCCAGUCAGGGAAAAUACGAUAAAGCUAACCAUUGUGUGGUUCACCCUCUCCUUUGGGUACUAUGGGUUAUCCGUGUGGUUUCCCGAUGUCAUUAAACAUCUGCAGUCCGAUGAAUACGCACUGCUCACUAGAAACGUGCAAAGGGAUAGAUACGCAAAUUUCAGUAUUAACUUCACGAUGGAAAAUCAGAUUCAUACUGGGAUGGAAUACGACAACGGCAGAUUCCUAGGAGUGAAGUUCAAGUCUGUAACAUUCAAAGACUCCGUAUUUAAGUCCUGCACCUUUGAAGAUGUGACCUCAGUCAACACCUACUUCAAGAAUUGCACCUUUAUUGACACCAUUUUCGACAACACGGAUUUUGAGCCAUAUAAAUUCAUUGACAGUGAAUUUCACAACUGCUCGUUUUUUCACAACAAGACGGGGUGUCAGAUUACCUUUGAGGAUGACUACAGUGCCUACUGGAUUUAUUUCGUCAACUUCCUGGGGACACUGGCAGUGUUGCCAGGAAACAUUGUGUCUGCUCUUCUGAUGGACAGAAUCGGGCGUUUAACCAUGCUAGGUGGCUCCAUGGUGCUUUCGGGGAUCAGCUGCUUCUUCCUGUGGUUUGGCACCAGCGAAUCUAUGAUGAUCGGCAUGCUCUGCCUCUACAACGGCCUGACCAUCUCGGCCUGGAACUCUCUCGAUGUCGUCACGGUGGAGUUGUACCCCACAGACCGGAGGGCCACCGGCUUCGGCUUCCUGAACGCCCUCUGCAAAGCCGCGACUGUCCUGGGAAACUUGAUAUUCGGCUCGCUGGUCAGCAUCACCAAAGCCAUCCCCAUCCUGCUGGCCUCCACCGUGCUGGUGUGCGGCGGACUCGUGGGGCUGCGCCUGCCCGACACACGAACCCAGGUCCUGAUGUGAGGGAACCAAAGCCACUCCUCCGCGUGCGUCCUCCUCCCGCCUGAGUCACUUCUGCCCACCGGCUCAAGGCUCUGGGGCUUUGUGUUGUGUUGUUUUGUUUCCAUAUAGAGAAAGAUGUCCAAGUAUCAAAACAA